UUAUUCGCUCAAAGAGAAACGAUAGGAGAGGAAGAAGACUAAGAAAUUUCGGUCUCCUUGUCCCCUGAAAUCUGGCGAGACCAGGAUGGACGCCCACACUUCCGCCGCACCCAGAGGUGUGCGAGCGCCCGACAACCUUCUGUACGUUUUCGUCAUAAGCCGCCACGGCCAGCGGACGCCCAUCGUGUGCUGCAAGAACCUACCCAAGAACGUCCCCGAAGGUCACGGCCAACUCACCAACGCAGGCCACAAGCAGGCCUUCAAACUGGGCCAGCUCUUGCGGGCCCGAUACAAGGGAUUCUUGGAUGCCGACGAGCCCGAUCAACUGCUAGCGACCCAUAUACGCUUACAACGGUGUCGCGAGAGCCUGGACGAGACCCUAAGGGGCCUUGCCGUUACCAUGGCGACGCCGCCCGAGGUCGAUCCGACGCGCUAUGACUUGCUGUUUCAGGCGAGCGUGAUAGAGAACAUCGACGCGGUGCUGCAAGCGCCCGGUCGAGGCGACUUCCUGUCCAUGGGACAGCUCCUCGCUUUCAUCGCGGAGAAGGCGGGGGCGCCUACGCGCCAGAAGAGGGAGAAGUUUCUGGUCAUGGACAGCCUGAUGACGUACGUGUCCAUCGGGAACCCGAUCCCCGCCUGGGCGGCGCCCAUUUGGAACGACCUGAUCGCUGCGGAUCGCAAGAUGUUCGGCUUGGUGCUUUCGGGCAACGAGCUCUGGUACGCCGCCAACGUGCUCGGCCGAGUCGAGAAGACGCUCUCGCAGAAGUUCGAGCAGGGAGUCCAGCGUCCCGACAGGAUGCACGUCUUCUCCAUGUCGGACUCGAGCGUCUACUCGACGCUCAAGCUGCUCAACGACUCGUACGACGACCACCCUCGCUUCUGCGCCAGCGUCGUUUUCGAGGUGUUCGAGGACAGCUCGAAAGUGAAGCGCGUGCAGGUUCUUUCCACGGGGCCUGAGGAGGAGCCGCAGUUGGUGGCGAUGGAUAAAUUGAAGAACCCGUGCGAGUUGAAAGAGUUCCUCGACUUCCUUCGCGCCAUCCUGAAGACUUAAGCGGGUAAUUGUGAAUAAACAUUACAGACACUUCCAUAUUCAACGGUGCUACAUGCAUUGCUCUCUUACGAAGCGUACAAGACAAAGAAGGGACUGGACAGAGUGCUGACUUUCUAUUAACAGUAUUAUUAACGGCAGCUCGGCAAUUUAUGCCAAGCACCCACAAAUAUAAGAAGAUAAUCGAGCACGAAAAGAAAUUAAAUGCACGUCACCGCAUGCGCGAAUGCACACAUGUGAAUGCGCACACGCGCAAGCAGUCGCACGCGACUGUUAACGUACUACAACGAGCGCACGGACGUGGCGGUUAUGACUAAACAUUCUUUGUAUUCCUCAAA